AUGAGAGUCUUGGAGCUAAUGCUGUCCAAGUUUGCCAAAGCCGCAGGGGCCAAAGUCAUUGCGACGACGUCGUCGGAUGAGAAAGCUCAACGUCUCAGGGAGCUUGGUGCGGACCACGUGCUCAACUACAGAGAGAAUCCAAACUGGGGCGCGCUCGCCAAGAGCUUGACGCCCAACAAAGACGGAGUCGACCUCGUAGUCGAGGUUGGCGGGCCAGUAUCAGCCAGACAGGCGCUCACUGCCUUGAAGACCAUGGGCGUCAUCUCGAUGGUAGGCUCGGUUGCCUCGUAUGCCUCGGGGGAAGAAAUGAGCCAGGCACCAACCUUUCUUGAAACCGUCCUCGGCCUCUGCACUGUGCGGGGGGUGACUGUUGGGUCAAGACGCCAGUUUGAGGAAAUGAACCGUGCUAUUGAGCAAAAUGAUAUUCAUCCCGCCUUAGACAAGAGGCUCUUCAAACUAGAACAUGCUCGAGAGGCCUAUAAGUAUUUAUGGGAUCAGAAGCAUAUUGGAAAGGUUAUCGUGCAGAUUGUCGAUGAGUAG